AUGGGGUCCCAUAUUGACGCUGAUCCCACCCAGGCGGUCGACGGGUUAGUCCGUGCCAUCCGCGACCUGACCUCGGAUCCAAACUACAAGCUCGUCGCCGACGUGUUUAGCGAGUUCUUGUACGUUAAGGAGCAGAACAACAAGCUCUCGAGUUCCCACCAGGUUGUGCUGGAGGAGUACCGGAAAUUUCGAAAUGAACUCGAGGCGCAAAAAGGAGAGCUCGUCAAGGAAAAGCAGGAUCUUGAACUCCUGGUGCAGGAAAAGAUCCAGGAGAUUGUCCAGCUCAGCGCCGCCAGGACCAGGUUGGAAGGCGAUCUCGAGGACACACAGAGGACUCUUGACGAGGAGAUGGCCAAGGCUGCUGAGGCCGCCGAAACCGCUCUCAGGGAAUAUGCCGAGCUCAAGGCGACCAAGGAGGCUGAGUAUGCGGACAUGAAGGCCACCAAGGAAGCUGAGUUUGCAGACAUGAAAGCAACCAAAGAAGCAGAGUUUGAGAGCAUGAAAACCGCGAAGGAGACCGAGUUUGCAGAGAUGAAAGCAGCCAAGGAAGCCGAGUUCGAGACCAUGAAGACAACCAAGGAGACCGAGUUUGCCGAGAUGAAGGCGUCCAAGGAAGCCGAGUACGCAGAAAUGAAGGCCGCGAAGGAGGCCGAGUAUGCGGAGAUGAAGGCCACCAAGGAAGCCGAGUACGCUGAUCUCGCUGCGGCAAAAGCUGCUGUCGAGGAGGAGAAGAGACUUGGCGAGGAGGCUGCCGCCGCUGCCGCCGCUAAGGCUGCAGGCGAGAUUGCAGAGCUGACGGAGGCUAAGACUGGGCUAGAGCAGGUCAAGGCUGAGAAUGAAGCAGAGAUUGCCAAUCUCAAGGACAAUGUCGCCGAGCUCGAGACAGCUAAGGCUGGGCUGGAACAGGUCAAGGCCGACAACGAAGCGGAGAUCGCUUCCCUUCAGGAGCGAAUUGCGACCUUGGAAGCGGAGAAAAAGCGACUGGAAGAGGAACUCGAGGCGGCAAGACAAGAAAUUGCUUCCUUGAACGACACCGUUGCGCAGAAGAACAACGAGAUUGAGAGCCUGCAAGAGUCACUGCGGGCCGCGGAGGAACAGAUCGCCUCGUUGCAGCAGACCGUGGAGGAGAAGAACACUGAAAUUGAGGACCUUCACGGAAAGCUGAAAUCCGAGUGCGAACGGGCAGACAAGGCCGAGGCGCAUGGCCGAGAUCUUCAGACCCGGCUGGAUGACACAGAGCAGAAUCUCCACGUUACAGCCGGGAAGCUCGCAGACCUCGAGCAGUACCGGAUUGUCCUGCACACCGACAAUGACGACACAUAUGUAACGGUUCUCGACAAGAUCUGGACCGCCAUUGUCACGCUUGUGGAAGGCAUCUUCAGACCAGACAUUGACGAGAGUAUUCUGAACGACCCCUCAUGCUGGAGCAACCUCCGGAACUCGCCCUAUCUCAAGCAUGCCACGCAGCUGCAGAUUCCCCUUCCGCAAUCGAAUUCGCCCGCGGCCAAGGGCAUGCGCAUCAGUGCUGUCCUAGCCGUUCUUUCGAGGGCAAUGCACAAGCAUCUCUUCCGCCCCGUCUACCUGCUCGACGAUGACGAUGAGAACUUGGUCAAGUUCCUGCGCGCUCUCGAGGAUGAGGACCCGACUCGCGAGGCACACAUGCGGGCUACACUGAUGUCAAUGAUGCCAGAACGCCAGAUGCAGCAGGGUGCGCGGCGCGUGAAGGUGGUGGUGCGGGAGGUGUCGUGGCUGGUGCAGCAUCUCCUGACCGCACUGCAAUUCGAGGCGUUUUGCACCGGUCUCGAGGCAGCAUGCAAACUGGCGUGCGAGCAGUGGAUGCGCAUCCAGCUCGCGCAGAUGAAGAUCGAGCCCUACUUUGGCCCGCCGUAUGACGACUUCGACUGGCAGGUGCUGGAGCUCCCUGAGUUCGCAGAGGCAGCCGAAGGCGGCCGUGAUGCGCCGCACUCAACGGGCGACCCAGACGACGCCGUUGUAGACGACAGGCUUGAGACGGUCGAGGCCACGGAGGCACCAUCCGAGGGCGCUGGAGGCGCUGCCGAUGCUGCAAAUUCGUCAUAUCACGAUACAUCGGAGCAUAACCGCAUGGAGGAGAUGAUAGAGGGCGAUGUCGAUCCAGAUGAGAUCCUUCUCGUCGUCUGGCCCAGCAUGUGCUGUAUCGAGAACGGUGAUGCGGUGUCGAUUACGCAGGGUCUGGUGAUCUCCAAGGAGCAAGCCCGGCCAGCUCUCGAGGAGCAGCGCUCGCGGUCACGCCUCAUCCCUCGACCUGGGUCACGCCGGGCCCGUACUCUGUCAAUGCCGGGACAGAGCAGAGGAAGCAGCCCGCGGGGCAAGCCAAUGCAUUUCUUGGCCUCAGCCCAAGCGGCCUCCGAGAUUACCGGCGACGGCUCUCCUGAAGAUAGCUGA